AUGCGGGCGUACUAUAGGGCGAAAGGGGAAGAAACUGCGGGGAUAGCGUAUCGGGCUCGGAUGCAUUGCUUUUUUGCUGAGCUGGAGCCGUCUAUUCCCGUCACGGAACAAAACCUGGCAGACCGAGUUCGGUACAUCAUGCGCUCGAAAAUAUUCGAUGAUGCCGAGCUCGAACGACUACGACGUGAGGCCAUUCCCUCAUCGAAUGAAUUGGCUACGGCUGGGGAUGAGGCUCCUCAGGCGACAGACCAGCUGCCACGCGUAGAAGCCGCCAUGGAUCUUCCAGUUGUGGGUGAUUCAGACGAUGAUGAAAUGGUCUCCCACGAACUAGAGCAAAUGAGGAGUAUAUUGGAAGAGGCGAUUUUAGAAACGCGCAGCAUGCCUCUCGAAAAUCGACCGCGACUUCCCCCGCAUACCCCUAAGCAAGCGAAAUCGGGCUGUCGUGAGGGCUCUUAA